ACUUGCCAUGCUCCUGCGCGCGCUUCUCGUUGCGAGCGUCGCCGCCGCGUCAUCAUCAGCGGCAUCCUCGUGCGAUGGCAUCGAGGCCAUGCACCGCAAUGUCCUCGGCGGUGCGCUCGCCGUGCAGGUCCGCGUCAACAACGCCUCCGUGUGCUUUCGCCUCUCCUACCACGGCGAUGGCGCCGACUGGAUCUCGCUCGGGCUCAGCAGCUCCCAGUACAUGGUCAACAACCCGCCCAACAACGCCGUCAUCUACGACGCCAAGAAGAACGUCGCGGAUGUGUAUGUGCUCCAAGGCUACAGCAACAACCACAUGGAGCGGCAAACCGCUCCGUCUUCCAUGACGAUUCGAUCCUCCUCAAUUGUCAAUGGCGAGCUCGCGGUCACAUACGAGCACAAGUUUGAUGCGGUUUCGCUUAAUGACGUGCCCAUCGACUUGGUCAACGGCAACAACAUCCUGCUCUGGGCCUACGGCAAAGGCUUUCCAUCGUACCACGACGACCAAGGCGCGCAGAGCAUCCACAUUGCCAUCCCGUCCGAUGACGACAAUCUUGCAUCCAACGGCUCCAAGGCGGCCCUUCAGAUGAGCGCGUCCUUGGCGGCGAUCCCAAUGGCAACCUACCAAAUCGUGCUCGGUGCGAUUGGGUUCUUUGUGUUGCUCGGCCUUGGGACCGCGCGCUCGACCGCGUCGCCGCUCUUGAAGCAAUCGCUGCUCGCCCCGCCCGCGCAUCGCUCGUCGUCGAUCGCCAACACGUUGCAUCAAGCACUCGCCGACCUCAGCGUGGGCCAAGCCACGCUUGUCGGCUUGUAUUCCGUGCUCAUCGGCGUCACGCUCAGUGUCGUGCUCCCGACCGUCCGGUCGCUCUCGGCUGGCCGCGCCGCGAGCGUCAUGCUUGGUCAUCUGAGCACGUUGCACUUGGCGUUUCUCUUGCUGCCGUCGGCGCGCGGCGCGCACUGGGGCUUUCUCUUUGGCGUCACGCACACGCGUCUUUUGACGUUCCACAAGUGGCUCGGGAGUCUCUUUCUUGUCUCGCUUCUCGGACACUUUGUCGUGAACGUCAUGACGCUCGACUGGAGUGUCUUGUCGUCCGUGCUGCCGUUUGGCGCGCAAAAGGUGCUGCCCGCGUACGGCCUGUACGCCGGCCUUGUCUUUAUGAUGAUGGGCCUCUUGUCGCUGCCAAUCGUGCGCCGAAGGACCUUUGAGCUCUUUUACUUUGCCCACCGAUUUGGGGCCAUCCUUGGGAUCGUGUUUGUGUGUCUGCACGCGACCGCGAUCUGGCAAGCGCUCGUCGCACCCCUCGGACUCUAUCUCGCGACGCUGGUGGCGAUUCGGGGCCGCGCAUUUUGGCAGCGGUUUCCUGCCCACGUGACGGCGACGACGUCAUCGACCGUGCUCCUCAAGCUGCCGUCGACCAAGCUCUCCAACGCGUGGCACCAAGACCUCGGACCGUGCGCGUACUUUUACCUCUGCGUUCCGAGCGUCUCGGUACUCGAGUGGCAUCCGUUCUCGGCCAUGACGUCAUCGCACACGGGCCACGUCGCGUUCUGCAUGAAAAGCCGAUCGCCGGGCAGCUUUACAGACCGCGUCCUCGAUCUCGCGCGCAAGGAAACGACGCUUAAUGUGCUUGUCGGCGGACCGUACGGCCGGCCGAGCGUCGAUCUCGCGCACUUCGACCGCGUGCUGCUGUUUGCGGGCGGCAUUGGCAUCACCCCCAUGGUGCACCUCAUCAAUAGCACGUUGCAGCAACACAGCAGCAUCGAUGGCCACCUCUGCUGGGUCGUGCGAGAACCAGAGACGCUGCUGAGCGUCGCACCCGUGCUCUUCCCGCUCCGCGUCGCAGCCGACCUCUUCGUGAGCGGCGCGACAGAAGACGGGCACGUCAAGACCGUCACGGGCGAGAUGGUCGGGUAUGUUGCCGGCCGGCCGGACGUUCGCGACGAGAUGAAGCGGUUCCAAGGGCGCGUGUGUGUGCUCGCGUGUGGUCCCGAAUCGUUCGUGCAUGACGUGCAGGUCGCCGCCCACCUCUACGGGUUUGACUUUCACAAAGAGCUCUUUUGCUAGCCUCGACGAUCCAUCUUCUCUUGAAAAUUGGAUACAAACAACAACAACACACAAUGAGUACAUAUUGCUUGGCAUUGGAGUAGGAAAAGAUUCGCUUCGUCUUCGUACUUAGGGGU